GGAAAUUGAUUCUCGGACGUGCAAUAGCCUACCAAUCUACAUGCUACGAGUAUGUAAUGCUGCACUACCAGUGCCUUUCAAGACAUCUGGCCUCAGGGUAACACAACGAUCAGGCGCAGGACGCAGAGUUUCUGGCACGCUUAGCUCGGGCUUUAGCACGACCAUCAUCCACGAGCUUCCCGCGGGGCAGCGUUCAACUGAUUAUACCCCCUGCUAUACUAACUCCAUCACGACCCUCGAUGCAUCUCGUCUUGGUUCAAGCGACGUCAUCACACUAAGUGGGACGACAACCCAAGUCUGGGACCGCACGACGUUGGCCCGCCGCUCAAAGCCAACAGCGAAAGGAUCAUGGUGGAAGCGAGUCCAAGCUCCAAAUGGCCGGGCAAGGGAUGGCGCCUUCACGGAGGUGAAUACUGGUUCGCCCUGGCUGAGCAAUGAUAUUUCAACGGCAAGCAGUCAAUUCCCGCAUAAACCCAGGGGCUGGCUCUACUAUUAUAGGCCUCCCUCUCGUCCUCCCACUGCUGGCGAGGUCCGCUUCCGACUCCUCCCUCCUACAGGCGAGCUCGACUUCGCUUCCGGGACGGACCUCUCUCUCCGUUUCGGCCGCUUACCGUACGCCAUACGUCUAUUAGAAAUCGCGACGAGCACCCGUUACCGUACGCUUGCCAACGUCCUCCUCAGAGACCAGCUCAUAUCCCAGGACCUCUUGGAAUAUUGGAAAAAACAAACAAAUAUACGCAUCAUUCACCGCAAGACUUCCCAAUCUUUGUUUGGCAUCGAAGACCCGUUCAUAAUAAAUCUCUCCGACGACUUAUUCACGCCGUUUCUUUGGCUAGGCGAGGAUCUAGUUCGAGGUCCACGUUUUCGCACUCAGUGGUGGGACCUCAGGGGACAUGUGAGCGGUCCAGCAUAUACGGGCCAAAUACUUUGCCGCUUCGAACGAUCUACGCUUCCAAAUCAUGCGCAAAGACGGGUCGUAGUAUUGCGUGUCCUGGAGAUCAUCGAGCCAAUACGUCCCAUCGUACCAGACUAUGAUGGUUUCCUCGAACCACCUGCAGAGGGCGCCUUGCUUCAGAGAGGCUGCAAGCCAGUCUCCAUAGAUAUCGAUAGUGUUCACUCCAAGGAUACUUGGAAUCCAUUAAAGGUGCUGUACGAUCGAGCGUACAGUCCACAAGCCGAUGUUGUUUCAUGAAAAUGCGAUGGAUUUCUUACUAG